CUUGCGCUAGGAAUGUGCUUGCGUUGCGCAGGAAACCGCUAGUUUCUCAAGAAAUGCGGUGGAUGGACUAUUACCCGUAUUAAAGUCACAUUUUAGUAGAAAGCCACCAGAAGAACGUUUAAUAUCACAACUUGAUAAAAAAAAAACUUUCCCAACACCAGCCUUCUGGAAUAUUUGUUUUGUGUGGAGUGGGUGUCGUUUAUCUGAGGACUUGAGUUUUAUAUUUCACUCAUCGACCGUUGACUUUUAUCACACUGUUGUGUCAGUAUUAAACCUACUUUACAAGUCUUUUCUUCGUCGAGAAAAGGGGAUUACGCCUUGAAGAUGUCCGUGGCGGGCUUAAAGAAGCAGUUUUACAAAGCCAGCCAGAUGGUGAGUGAGAAGGUUGGUGGUGCUGAGGGAACUAAACUGGACGAGGAGUUCAAGGACCUGGAGAGAAAAGUAGAUGUGACAAAUAAAGCUGUGGUAGAAGUCAUCUCUAAAACAUCAGAGUACCUGCAGCCCAAUCCAGCAUCUCGUGCAAAGCUGUCUAUGUUAAACACUAUGUCUAAGAUCAGAGGGCAGGUGAAGAGCCCUGGUUAUCCACAGGCCGAGGGGCUGCUGGGAGAAUGCAUGGCAAAGUUUGGCAGGGAACUCGGAGAGGAAACAAAUUUUGGAGGUGCUUUAUUUGAUGUUGGUGAAAGUAUGAAGAGGCUAGCAGAGGUGAAGGAUUCUUUGGACAUUGAUGUUAAACAGAAUUUUAUCGACCCUUUACAAACCCUGUGUGACAAGGACCUAAGAGAGAUACAGCACCAUUUGAAAAAACUUGAAGGACGCAGGCUGGAUUUUGACUAUAAGAAGAAACGUCAGGGGAAAAUUCCAGAUGAAGAGGUCAGGCAGGCGCUGGAGAAGUUUCAUGAAUCUAAGGAGGUGGCUGAGAUCAGCAUGUACAACCUUCUGGAAACUGAUAUUGAGCAGGUGAGCCAGCUGUCGUCACUGGUGGAGUCUCAGCUGCAGUACCACAGACAGGCUGUUCAAAUCCUGGAUGAACUUUCUGACAAACUCAGAGACAGGAUGAAAGAUGCUCAGUCACGUCCUCGUAAAGAGUAUAUGCCCAAGCCCAAGCCUGUAAUUGACUUUGGAGACCCCAGCGAACAGUCGAACGGUGGCUUCACCCCAUCAUCUGCUCCACCCAUGCGCAAUACAGAGCCAUACCACCAGUCUGGCAGAAUAUCCACAUGGAAACCCAGAUUGCCAGCGGAGCAGCCGUGCUGUAAAGCGCUCUAUGACUUUGAUCCGGAGAACGAAGGCGAGCUGGGCUUCCAUGAGGGUGACAUCAUCAAUCUGACCAAUCAGAUUGAUGAAAACUGGUAUGAAGGCAUGCUGCGUGGCCAAUCCGGAUUCUUCCCUCUCAACUACGUGGAGGUGAUCGUUCCUCUGCCACACUAAGUGACCUAUGUCACGGGAAAGAGGGGAGGAGAGAGAGAAAGAGCAAUAAAAAAGUGAAAGGGAGAAAGCUGGAGGGAAGUGAGGUAGGGAGAAAGGAGCCAGUUGAAAUCAUCUUGGUCUUCAUCCUCACCACAUUGUUGCCGUUGAUCCAAAUGUACCUGUACUCUGGCACUUUUACACAUUGAUUUAUUUUUGAAGGAGGGAACUUUGGGAAACCUUUCACAUUCCAGGACUGACUGACUGACUGGCCGGUUGACUGACGUACGGAUGGUAUGACUUGGUCCUUAAGCUAACAAUUCAGACACUCUAACUCGCUUCGUCGUCUAAGUCUUUUAAUAAUGUUUCAUACUGUUUGUGCUGCAUUAACGUAAAAGAAAUGAAUGCAGAUCACUUACAAAUUCUCAACUGUUGGAUUGUGAAAAGUUGCAUUUUGACUCGACUGGUCCCAUUACCGCCCCCUGCUGGUCAGGCUGCGACAUUGACCUGCCUCAGAUAAAGGAGAAACCGCCUUGUAUCUGUGACGGACACAUUAGCACUGGGGCUGUGUGUGAAAUGUCCCAAUGUGCAGUAAUCCUGAGCCACAGACCUGUUGAGAAUUAGUCCUUUUCUAUGCUCCAUAAACAUAGCUUUUCGUCAUCUAAUAUUUUUCAUGUAUAUUUUUUAACAAGAUAAAAGAAAAUGUCAUAAAUGUGAGCUAAAACACUUAAUGGAUGCGUUUAGUCAGGUGGAGAGGGUUUUACUGCACUACAACCGUUUAUAAAGUAUGAAACACUACGCUUCCCAUUUUACAAUUUUUAACCCAGAGGGCGGCGAAUAAAUAAUUUGCGCACUGUUUUCUGAAGGAAACACAGCCAAACAGUUAUUUAGAUGGUAAUGUCUUCUUCUGGCAGCCUGAAUUAUAGAGUCUUCCUCUCUCUUUCUCCUCUUUUGAAGUCAGUUUACGGUAUUCUGUACAUCUGAUGCUGCUGGCAGUGUCCCAUUAUUUCAGGUGUGUAUAUCUGGGUGUUUAGGGUGGAUGUUGGCUCAUAAACCCCGUAUUAAAUUUAAUUUACACAGAAUUUCUUUAUUAACAAAUACUUCUUUGCAUCUUCAGAAAUGAAGGGAUGGUGCUACAUCUCUUUCUCUUCCCAUCACUUUUAAAGUAUUAUUAUAGCUUUAAAAGUGGUUGAAGGUCUAGUUUAUCUAUUUUACUCUUAGGAUGUUUUUUUUUUUUUCUUUUCAAAUACUGCACUCCAUAAAAGCAUGGACCUACACACCAUCUUGGUGGUUCUGAACAUCACCAACAUCUGUCCCUCCACCCCGACUCCAUGUCCUGUCUGCACAGAGCACCUCUGUGACCUUUUCCUCCCAGUGUCUGUUUACAUGUUUGUUUUGCUCACCGUAACAGACUGUUGUAGAUGUGCUGAAUCAGACAGGCUACAGCGACCGUUUCAAUGUGAAAAAAAAGGGCUUUAGUGCCUUUUCGAUGGCAUGAAUCAAUCUAGAACACCAAACAAAAAUAUUAAUUAUUAUGAUUUUAGAUCUAAUAUGUAGUUUUUAUGUCUGUCCUCUUUCAUUAUUUACGAAGGGCUUGUUGGUUUCAGUAUUUGGCAUGAGCUGUGACCAGAUGUACAAGCAUGAGUACAAAUGUGCCUUUGCAACACUACAAGUUUAAGAAAACAGCAAGUGGGUUAUUUCUGUCUAAUGGAAUGAGGGUACCAGAAUGAUUUCAUGAAAAAAAAAUAAUAAUUCUGGUCCUGCUCUUUUUAGUAUUAUAUUGUUUUUUUAUAUACAUACAAAACCAUCAACCUUUUUUAUUAAUAAUUUUUGCAUGUUAGCUUAAUAGCAGGCUGAUGUAUGUUUUAGUUUUAAAGUCUCCUCUUGUACGUCUCAGAUUUAACUCCAUUAUAUUGUUAUUUUUAAGUAUUCCGAACUCUAAAUAUUUGUAUCUUAUUGUGUCCACUCGUCUUUAAGUAAAUAAAUUCAAUUGAAAGUA